AUGGGUUUUCUUCGCCGUGGCUUGGCGUUGCCAGCCCUCCUGCUCUCCCUUGUAUCCUCUGCCUAUGCCCACGAUGCAGGUGUGAAGGCGACCGGAAAUACAGUCUCCUUCCAAGUCAACCUAACAUGGGACGAUUACCAACCAGCUGGGAUUCCUCGAAAGAUGAUUCUGGCUAACGGCCAGUUCCCGGCCCCGGCGCUGAGGUUGAAGCAAGGGGAUGACGUCGAAUUCUUGGUCAACAACGAGAUGCCUCUUCCUACCACUGUUCAUUUUCAUGGCGUGGAGCAGCAGGGUACUCCGUGGUCCGAUGGUGUCCCCGGUCUCUCGCAAAGGCCCAUUCCUCCUGGAGAAUCGUUUCUUUACAGGUGGCGAGCAACUAAUCAUGGAAGCUACUUCUAUCAUGCUCACCACCGGGGUCAGCAAGAGGAUGGACUUUACGGAGCGAUUCAUAUUCUGUCUGACGAAUCCAUUGAAAGGCCUUUUGCGUUGAUCUCUGAAAGUCAACAAGACAUUCAAGCUAUGAAACUCGCCGAAACCGAAUCAAUUCCUAUUAUGCUGUCGGAUGUGCGCAAACUGACCUCCGAAGAACUCUGGAACGCGGAAAAGGCUAUGGGACGUGAUGCAGUGUGCGCGAAUGCUUUGCUGGUGAAUGGCAAGGGAUCCGUGACCUGUCUGGGACAAGAGACUCUUGACAAGUACACCUCCGUUGCGCAGAGGGGUGUUCUGGGCAACCAGAGCUUGACUGACAUAGGAUGCCUUCCGCCGAACAACCUAUUGGCGCAGGGACCUUGGCCACACAACCUCAGCGCCAUUCCUCCGACAGUCUUUUCUGAAUGCAUUCCGAGCACUGGCCUGACAGAGCGUUUCUACCCGGACGCUACCAACGCAUACGCUAGCUUCGAUCUAAUCAGUGCUGCGUUCGUUUCCACAAUUACCUUCUCAAUCGAUGAGCACCCCAUGUACAUCUAUGCUGUCGACGGAAACUAUAUCGAACCUAUCAAAGCGGACGGUAUCACCAUCACCAACGGAGCUAGGUACUCGGUACUAGUGAAGUUGGAUAAGCCAAGAGGAGACUACACCGUUCGCGUGGCCAACACCGGUCUCAACCAGAUCAUGUACGGCACCGCGCUAAUGACAUACCACAAUCGCAAUGGCACAUCCCAACAACACCCGUCAGUGCCUUCAAUCAAUCUUGUCGGAAGUCCUACAGGAAACCACACCCUUCUGGACGAAACAGCCAUCGUCCCGUUUGCUCCUCAGGACGUGACCCAAGUAGACGUCGCACAGACAGUCAUUCUGACCCUCGAGCGCUACAAUGCCUCGUACACCUGGACCAUGGGAAACUCAAGUUUCCCCCUUGAACUAGAAAUGGAUUCGCCACUCCUUUUCUAUCCCCAAACAGGAAGCAAAAACUUUACUCUUGCUACUCACAACGGCACAUGGGUCGACCUGAUCUUCGAUGUCGCCAACGCCGUUCAGCCCCCUCAUCCCAUCCACAAACACUCCAACAAGUUUUACGUUCUCGGCUCUGGCAACGGAAAAUGGAACUAUACCUCUGUGGCCGAGGCGGCGAAGCAUAUGCCUGAGAGCUUCAAUUUCGAAGCCCCCCAAAUUCGGGAUACCUUUGCGACUCUCCCGGCAGCGACUGGCCCGAACUGGAUGGCUAUCAGAUACCAUGUCGUCAAUCCUGGAGCGUUCCUGCUGCAUUGCCAUAUUCAAAUCCACCAGAGCGGAGGUAUGGCGCUGGCUUUGCUGGAUGGAAUUGACGAGUGGCCCGAGAUUCCGGAGGAGUAUCAGCUUGUGGAAACUGAGGAAGAAUCCGAAUUGAAAGAUGAUGGCUUUUGA